CCGGCCGGGCCGGGGAGUCCGCGGGGCGGCCGCGCUCCAUCUCCGGGGCAGCGGGCGCGGGGCCGGCCAGCGAGCAUCCAUUCCGGCCCGGCCCGGCCCGGCCCACCCCGGCCCUCCCCGGCCCGGCUCUCUCCUUGGCCAGGGCUGCUGGCGCACCCGCAGCGACGGCGCAACCGGCGACGCUUUGUGCCCAGCUUGGACGCGGACCCCCGGACAGGUCCCUGAAUGGAAAGGCCGAGUUCCCCGAGGUGGGCAGCAACCUUGCCGCGCCAGCGGCGUCUCCUUCCCUCGAGGCAAAGGAAGAAGUGAAUGGCCCCUUGGCACGGGCACCUCUCUGGUUUCUUUGACACAAGCCGGUGUUUUUUGUUUUAAUCUCCCCUGAAAAAUCUCCCUGCUGAAAAUGCAGGAUCAGCGCCCCGAGACCAAAAAUUCCCGAGGACAGGAGAAUGCCAGUGGGGCCUUCCUCAGUGACCUCGUGGAGGCGGUGGAAAGAGCUUCAGUCAGCGAGUCCCCCAAAGGGAACGAGGGGAAUUAUGUCCCCGGGAGCAGGGACUGUGAAGAGGGGGCUCCGCGAUUGGAAAGCCAAGCCAGAAAUGCUGCCUCCGGGGCUGCUUGGCAACCUGAAGUGUCUGACGGUUGCAGCUUGGGCCCCGUGGAACACAACAGCUCCUGGGGGGACUUCGAGGGCUUCAGCGAGACUUCGGACAAGUCGGACACUUUCAACACCCUGGACAUUCUGGAGCGAUGGUCAGCCCCCGGGACGCGAGAAAGCGACCCUGACUUAACUGGAUGUGCCGCAAGCUCUUGUGGCGGUCUGCAGUUUGAUAGUAUGAGGGAAACUGCUGCUAUUUCACCUAGUAAGGCCAAUCUCAGCUAUGAGAAUAUUUUUAAGCUUGUCUUUCAAGAAGUACCAGUACAACAAAUGACUGAGGAUAUUUGCACCUUACACCAUUUUCUAGAAAAAUAUAACGAAGAAAAUACUAGCAGCAAACCUGUAAAGAAGCAUUUUUGUUCUGAGUCCCGAAAACUCUGGAGGAUUCUCCAAGAUGAAGAUGGCACAUCUACUUCAAAAUGCCUCUGGAGUAAAUCUCAUUGCCAAGACAAUUUCUUACUUGUUCUUGGAAUAGAUGCUGCUCAAAAAGAUCUUUCCGGAGGUAGUAAUCAUGUUCUGGAAGAUUCUAAUCUGAAAGAGACCGAAGAGUUAACAGAAGUAAAUGGCUUUAGUCUUAAUAAUUGCAAGGCACUAAUUCAAACCAAGCUCUCUGGAUCCUCAGCUUCUCGACACAACAGCCUGUUUAUGUACAACUUGUUUUUGAAGAAGACUCCUUCCAGUGGAAAUAUGCAAUACAUAACAAUUCCAAGAAAGAAAAAACUUUUUACUGCCCGGAAUCUAAAAAUGAAAUUUUUUAAUAGUGAUGUUUGCUAAAGAAAAAUACUUUUUAUCUUUGAGGAAAAUAUUACAUUUUGCUACUGAUUUGGUACUGGAAACUGGAAAUCAUAGACAUCUUUGAGAUGAUAAACUAGAAAUUCUUAGCUGUAUUUUCCUAUGGCUACCAGUUUGCAUAUGAAUUAGUCAAGGGUAAAAAUCAGGACUUUUCUUUGAAGAGCUUGCUCUUCAUUUUUAAAUGUAUUAUUUUCUGGCCACCCCCAAUUUUACACUAGCAAAAAAGAACUUACACAAAUUUUGCUUUAGUUUUCUAGUCAACAAAUACCCAGGCAAAAUCUUGAAAAGGAAUGCACUGCCAAUUUUAAAAAAAAGCUUAGGGAUGUCAUAUAUUUAACAAAGUUGUUAGAUCCCUACUCCUAGGUAGCUAUUGGAAAUUCAGGCUUUGAUAGCCUGCCUCUGGGCCUCAUUUCAUGGUAGCAGCAUGAGAUUAAAUAUCACAGAUAGCUGAGGGACAAAACCAGCUCUUCCAAUGGCUCUCCAAUGUCCUGACUCAUUUGGUGAUCUUUUGUUGAUGACUAGUAGAACUGAACAUUCUUAGGAAAGGUUCAAACUGUGACUAGAUGUCCCAAAAUGUGAAUAUUUCAGUGUCAGCCUAUUUUGCAAAGUUAUUUUCUUUAUUUUCAGGUGACAUACAUUGGCCAAGCCAGGAUAAUGUCCCUGUGGAGAUGUCUGCUUAAAUGCUAUGAUGCUUGUUUGAAAUGUUAAAAUAUUGUACAUAAUAGGUUUAAAAUAUGUUCUAACUAAAAGAUUUGAGAAAACUUAAAGGUAUCUCCCUGAAGUAUCUUAAUCAUAACGUAAGCUGUUUUUCCCUAAAAUAUUUGUUUUAAGGGUCUUUCUGGAGACAUCUCAAUCUUCUGUUUGGACAUAAAACUCAGUGCUGCGUGUUAUGCACUAAACCUGGGAUAACUUGACAUUUUCCUAUGUACUAACUGCUGACCUUGACAAAACAGCACUCGUGGACAACAGUUUUAUUCCAUUUUACACUUUGUUUUAUGGAACAUCCAAAUGAAAACUUUCUCCGUGUCUCCAUUGAAAAAUCAACCCUGUUAAAAAUGGCAAGAACUAACAAAUCCACACUGACUUUUGUAACAUUUUAUCAAAUAAAGUUCCCUGAAUAAACUUUCUUGAUUGUC